AUGGCUCCGGACCUAAACAACGCCGCCUCUCCCACCGACCGCGAGAAGCAGAAGAAUCUCGACCAAGAGGUUCGAGAGAUGAUCUCCACCCUCACCAGCCGCUUGGGCAGCAUCCAACGCUCCCAAAAAUCAGGGAGCUCGAGCUCCCACGCCCAAGCUGACGACGACGAGCAAGGCAUGAGGAUGAUCACGCUGGCCGGGACCAACCUAGGCGCCACCAUGCGCGGCGACCUAGACGACAAAACCGCCGCCCCUCAGGGCCUCUCCCUGCCGGAGCAGGAGGAAUCCGCCUCCUACGUCGUCAACAGCAACUUCCAAGCCAUCAACAACUCCAUCAUGCUCGGGGGCAGCUACAAGACCAACGAUCCCGGCGUUCAUUUGGACAUCACUGACUACGUUGACCACAACGACGGCGACAAGAAGGGGAAGAAGAGCAGGAGAGGGGGCCACGGCGGCGGCCACCACCAUGGAAAACGCUCCGACAACCUUAGCGACACGGAGAGUGAGAAGAACUGA